GGUUUGCACAGGUUCAUGGCUGAUCGGGUGCUUGUGAUUGGCAGUGGAGGGAGAGAGCAUGCGCUGGCCUGGAAGUUGGCCCAGUCUCCACAUGUAAAACAUGUGUUUGUUGCACCAGGAAAUGCAGGAACAGCUGACAACGGAAAAAUUUCAAAUUCAGCUGUAUUGGUGAGCAAUCACACUAUUGUUACCCAGUUCUGCAAAGAUCAUAACAUUGGACUUGUGUUAGUUGGAGAAGAAGCUCUUCUGGCAGCUGGGAUUGUUGAUGACUUGAGAGCAGCAGGAGUUCGGUGUUUUGGUCCAUCUGCAAAAGCAGCCCAGCUGGCAUCCAACACCAGUUUUGCCAAAGCCUUUCUGGAUCGACAUAGGAUCCCAACAGCAAGAUGGAAAGCUUUCACCAAUCCUCAGGAAGCUUGUAGGUUUAUUAUCAGCACAGACUUUCCUGCACGAGUUGUACGUGCAAGGGGCCCUUCUGCUAGAAAAGAAGUGACUAUUACAGCCAGCAAAGAGGAAGCCUGCAGAGCUGUCCAAGAGAUUAUGCAGGACAGAAUGUUUGGAGAGAUGGUUGUUAUUGAAGAACUUCUUCAAGGGGAAGAACUUUCUUGCUUGUGCUUCACGGAUGGUGUCACAGUUGCUUCAAUGCCCCCAGCCCAGGCCCACAAACGACUGCUGGAUGGUGACCAGGGUCCAAACACUGGAGGGAUGGGAGCCUAUUGCCCAGUUCCUCAGGUUCCAGAAGUUCUUCUAGAGAAAAUCAAUGAUGCUGUCCUUCAACACGUUGUUGAUAGUAUGAGACAAGAAGGAACAGCAUACGUUGGUGUGCUGCAAACAGGUUUAAUGCUUACCAAAGAUGGUUUGAAAAUUUUGAACUUUAAAUGUCAGUUUGGUGACCCUCAGUGCCAGGUAAUUCUUCCACUGCUUAAAAAUGAUUUUUAUGAAGUGAUUCAAGCAACAAUUGAUGGCAAACUCUGCAGCUUCAUGCCAGCCUGGUCAGAAAAUAGUACAGCUGUGUGUGUGGUCAUGGCAAGUCCAGGAUAUCCAGGAGACUAUGACAAAGGCAUGGAGGUGACAGGGCUGCUGCAAGCCAAAGAAUUAGGGCUGCAGGUGUUCCAUGCUGGCACAACGCUGAAGGAUGGCAGAGUGGUGACAAGUGGUGGCAGAGUCCUCUCCAUUACUGCUGUUAAGGAGGACCUGAUGAAAGCACUGGGAGAAGCCAACAGGGGUGUAGCAGCCAUACGUUUCAAGGGUGCCACUUACAGGAAGGACAUUGGCCAUCGGGGUAUACAGCUUCUCAAGCAGUCUCUGGGUCUAACAUUCAAGGAGAGACAUAUGGAAGCUGCAACCAGUGAAGUUUUGUUUCAUCAGCUGGAAACAUCAAUUGUAAGUGGUACCAAAUCAGGCUGUCAUUCAGAAGUAGGAAGCUUUGCUGGUUUCUUUGACUUGAAAGCAUCUGGUUAUGAGGAUCCUAUCUUGGUAUCUCGAGCUAAAGGCCUUGGACCUAAACUGCAGAUUGCACAGGUGUGUAAAAGACAUGACACCAUAGGUCAGGACCUGGUUGCCAUGUGUGUCAAUGAGAUCCUGGCUCAAGGAGCAGAGCCUCUCUUCUUCCUCAGUUAUUUUGCCUGUGGUAAACUUGAUACUGAAGUGACUGAAACAAUCAAAGAAGGAAUAGCUGAAUGCUGCAGAAAUGCAGGAUGUGCUUUCCUGGGCAGGGAGAUGACUGAGGUGACUGGCAUGUACUCUUCUGGAGAGUAUGACCUGGCUGGCUUUGUGGUUGGUGCAGUGGAGCGAGGGCAGAUGCUUCUGGGGCUGCAGAGAGCUGAGGAGGAGGAUGUGAUUAUUGGACUGGCCUCUUCUGGGGUUCAUGGCCGUGGCUUUAGCAUCAUAAGGAAGAUUCUCUUAAUGUCCUCCUUACACUACUCAUCUCCAGCACCUGGCAGUUGUGGUGACAAGACUCUAGGAGAUAUACUGCUGACCCCAGCAAAACUGUACAGUCCAUCUUUGCUGCCUGUCCUUCGGUCAGGGCACGUGAAGGCUUUUGCCUUUGUCGCUGAGGAGGGGUUGCUGGAAGGCAUCUCCAGAAUUCUGCCAGAACAUGUCAGCGCUGUCCUAGAUGCUUUCAGCUGGAAGAUUCCAGAAAUCUUUUGCUGGCUUUACAGAGAGGGAAACCUCUCUGUGGAGGAGAUGGCUCAGACGUUUAAUUGUGGGAUUGCUGCAGUGCUGGUUGUGCAGAAGGACCUGGCUCAGCAUGUUCUCAAGGACAUACAGCGACAUGAGGAAGCUUGGCUGAUUGGGAAAGUUGUUGCCCCUUGUGAUACAGAAGGUUCUCACAUUGAAGUCAAGAAUCUCCUAGAAGCUUUGCAGCUGAGCAGCCCCCAGCAUCUGCUGAAUAACACUGUCGUUGAGAGUCAACACCAACCCAGGAAGAACAAAGUUAAAGUAGCUGUUCUCAUCUCUGGAACAGGCACAAACCUUGCUGCACUCAUCAGUUACGCAAAAGAGCCAGGCAGUUGUGCUCAGGUUGUCCUUGUCAUCUCCAACAAGUCUGGUGUUGAAGAACUACGAAAUGCAGCCCGGGCUGGAAUUCCCACCAGGGUGAUUGAUCAUAAGUUAUAUGGGAGUCGCUCUGAAUUUGACAGCACAAUUGACCAAGUUCUUGAAGAAUUCGCUGUUGAACUAAUAUGUCUUUCAGGAUUUAUGAGGAUUUUGUCCAGUCCUUUUCUCAGAAAAUGGAAAGGGAAAAUUUUGAAUGCUUCCCCAUCACUUUUCCCACCAAUAAAGGAUAGAAAUGCCCAUCAGCAAGCCCUGCAAAGUGGACACAAAGUCACAGGCUGCACCGUGCAUUUUGUCCUGGAGGAAUCUAGUCCGAAAGCAAUGAUCCACCAGGAGCCAGUAUCCGUGAAGGAAGAUGACACAGAGGAGAUGCUGUCAGAAAGGGUUAAAGAAGCUGAGUGUCGGGCUUUUCCUAUUGCUCUGCAGCUGGUGGCCAGUGGAGCAGUGCAGUUAGGAGCUGAUGGUAAAACAUACUGGAAACAAGGGAGCCAAGAUCUGUACCUUCAAGAGAAGAGAAACUGCACAUCCUCUCCCGUGGCUCUGGAGCCUCAAGAAAAUGAUGUGGUGUAGCCAGGUUAACAAGUGGUUUGCUGUCUGCUCAUCUUUCCAUCUUCUCUCCUCCUCUGUGCCCUUGAUGUGCUUCUUUUUGACUGCAGGCAUAUCAGUGUCACAGGUUUCCAUUCUGAGCCAUGAUCCCUUUCCGUUAGCUUGCAGCUUUAGUUACACUCAUUUUGCAAAAUUGGCAGUGGAAGCCAAGCUCUUAUUCCAGAUUUUGAAUUUCUUUGUUCUAUUCUUUCAUCAGUGAAGGAGAUGCUGUGGUACAAAUCAAAGAGGGGGCUUAAGCUGUAAAAAUGGCCUAGUGCUUUAGAGGGAAAUUAAUUCAAGUUUUGUUGGCUGCAUCACCAAGAUGCAGAGCACCAGGAGCUUCAGAAAGCAACCACAAACAGGAGCCAGACAUGUCUGGGCAGAUCAGAAGUGAGGUACAGCCUGGCACAGCGUGGAUUUGUGGGUGAACAAGCAUUGGGAAUGAAUGCAUAGUUCUGUGGGAGGAGGGGGGAGCCUAGAAGGACCCCAUCCUUUUGAGCCCCACCACUGUGGGAGCACCUCAGGGUGCAGAGGAAAAGAGGAUACGUAAACAAGCACCAGUGUGGGAGCCUAGUGAACUGCCAAGAGAAGACCCAAAGGCAGGGAACCUUAAAAGGCAAACCAAACUGAAACAAUCCCCCCUUCACAGAUUGUCAAUAUGAUGUGAUAGUGCACACUGAACAUACAACCAGGCACUUUUUCCUGCUCCUUGAAAGGGAGAAGUGCAGAGACAUUCCCAGAGUUCCAGAUUAAAACAUUUGGAUCUUGAGGGAUGAAAAUUUGAUUGGAGGGACUAGAAACACAGAUUUCAGGCAUUUUUCUUCCCUCGUCCUUGAAAUCAGCAGAACAAGGCAU